AUGGCACGGGCAGCAGUCGACGGAGGGGUGUGGUUGACCUUGGCGACGGCAGACAGGAGUUUGGCAAGCAGGCCUGAGCAAUCAAUCAUCGCUGGGUAUCAGAAGAUGAAGCAUAUGGAGGACUUUGCCCUUAACGGCGCAAAGUCUGCAGUCCGCAACCACCUCGCUACAUAUCCUAGCUUGGAAGCGAUAAAUGCGCGCAGCACGAGAGAAAUGUUGCAGGUUCCAGAAGAGAGGUUUCAGUAUCAUACUAUCCCUGCUUUCGUAGAAUCCCUGCGCGCCAUGCCAGCUUACGGCAUGCACUUCGAGGUGGGACAGAAGGUUUUCUACCAUCGAUCCUCUGGCGACUGGGUGCAGGCCGAGGUUGCCAGCUUCGAAGAAAAGGCCGUGCACUUCGCAGAUCCUCUCACAUCAGAGACCGAAAGCUCUGACACCUCUGCCAGCAGCCCCGUGCACCUUGACUCCUUGACUGGAUAUGGUUAA